AUGGCGUGCUGUAAGGAGCUCUGUGAUGAGCCCUCUGAUAAAACCGAUAUCUUUCUGAAUUUAUCGACAGCGAGUUUGAUUGGUUUUUUCGGCCACAAGAAAAACAAAUUAACAUGGAGUGGAACCCUGAAUGACUUAAAAACAUUUGUGUCAACAAUAAUCGAUGAAAAAGCCGCAGAAAGUGCCGUCUGGCGAUCACCUAGCGGCGGCAAGUGGUGUUUCACCUGCGAAGAACUUGAGAUUACGUGGCACUCGAAGAGUGGAGCAAUAAUUUUUGACGGAGUCAAAGCGGGAAAUUUGGUAAAGCGAAUAAAAGAUAUCCUUUCAAAGCCAGACGACGCGGAGAAGACUAUCAAUAGCGAUCUUAACAUGGAAGCGAAUACUGAUCGAGGUUCGUCACGCAUCAUUGAAAACGAG